CAUCUCAGCCUAAUCCUGCCAUCUGUCCGAGAGCAUCUGACGAGGCGCCACUUUCUGCGCUCUCUUGGCCAAUAAGUAAAAGAAACUUUAAAAGAAGAACACAAUGGAGGAGAUGUACCUUCUCAAGCAUCCUGGGGUCAAGAAGAAGAUUCUGGCGGGAGGCACUGGCCCUCUACCUCACUUCCCACCUGGGACCAAGGUGGUCUUCCAUUUCCAGACGCUGCUAGAUGACUUUGAGCGCACCGUCAUUGACGACAGCCGAUUGGUUGGCAGGCCGGCAGAGAUCUUUGUGGGAAAGAUGUUCAAGAUGGAAGUGUGGGAGACAUUGCUGACUUCCAUGCGGGUCGGAGAGGUGGCUGAGUUCUGGUGUGAUGCUGUUCACACAGGUUUGUAUCCCAUCGUGUCAAAGGGGAUGCGGCUGAUCACUCAAGGCAAAGACCCCCUGGAGGGCCAGAGGCACAUGUGCGGCAUGGGGAACCUCUUCCACUAUCACUCCACUGGCUUCCCAGAGCUGGAUGAGCUGAUGAGGACUCCUCAGGCUCUCAUCUUCAUCAUGGAGCUGCUGCAGGUGGGAGACCCCAUGUCCUACCAAAGAGAGUCAUGGAUGAUGGAGAAGGACGAGAAGCUGAGCACGGUGCCCAUCCUCCACUCGCAGGGCAACGUCCUGGUCAAGCGGGGGGAUUUUUGGGAGGCGGCCAGCAGAUACAAAGAGGCCGUGCUGCUGCUUAAAACAGUCCAGUCCAGGGAGAUGCCGGGUGAUGUGGACUACAUUAACUUGGCUCGCAUGAUCGUCCCUCUGGAGUUGAACUACUGCCAGUGCAUGCUGGAGCUGCACGAGUACUACGAAGUGAUCGAGCACACCAACGAACUGCUGGACAAACACAAAGACUGUGUGAAGGGCUACUACAAGCGAGCGAAGGCCCACGCUGCCGUGUGGAACGAAAGAGAAGCCCGCAGAGACUUCAACAUGGUGAUCCACCUGGAUCCCACGCUGGCCUCUCUGGUCCACAGAGAGCUGAGGGCCUUUUCUGAGCGCUUAAAGGAGAAGUACUGGAAGGAGAAGGAGGCUUACUGGAACAAGCUAGACACCAGUGGUGCCAAUGAAGAGGGGGCGCUUGGAAAGACCGAGGACGAGGGGGAUGGAGCAGAAACAGAGGAUGCUGGCAAAGGAAGAGAGGAUAUUGUAGUUGAUAAAACAGAGGGGAAGGACUGGCAGCAGAUGUUGCGUCUGGUGAUGCUGCUGCAAGAUGAAGGCAACUUCCUCGUUAAAGAGAAACGUUUUGAAGAAGCUUCUGGAAAGUUCAGGGAGGCCAUUGACUAUGUAGACUUCCUUCAGAAUAAGGUGUAUGGCGGUGAUGAGGACUGGGAGUCAUUGGAAAAAGUGCGCCUGCCUCUGACACUCAACCUGAGUCAGUGCUUGCUGGAGCUGAAACAAUACCAGCAAGUGGUGCAGCUCAAUGACAAGCUGUUGGAAAGCCAUGAAGAUAUCAAGAUGUCUUGCUCAGCCCGCAGUAUUGUGUCUGCUUUUAUGCCACUUUUAUGCUUGAUCUCAGUGUUAACAAGAGAAUAACCCAUCUUCAGCACUCACAAAUAUGUUUAUUCCCCUGGCAACCACCUCUACAGUAUGCAACACAUUAGUCUUGCAACAUGAAGUUACUUACAUCCAAUAAAAAAAAAUUAGCAGGUUAUAUAUUAAUUUGUGCUUUUUAGUUAAACUGACUGACACAUAUGGUAAUAUGACACAUAUGGUUGUGGUUUAAUUUAUUUUGAACAUGCAUCUAUGCAUACGUACAGAUGCAUGUAUACGUAUAGAUGCAUCAUACAUACAUACAUACAUACAUUUUUUUUGUCUUUUUACUGUUAUUUAUUAUAUAUUAUUAUUCUGAUUAUCAUAGAAAACAUGACAUGGAAUGCAGGAAGUGAAUAAUAUGUACUGUACAACAUGUGGAAUAGAUGGGGGGUAGGAUUAAAUAAGCUUUGCUUCUUCCUACUCCUUUUGGACAUGUGGAACUGUGAAAGAAUGAUUCAUGAGACCUUCCAUUGUAAUGUUCAAAUAAACUAAACCAAACCAAACAGUGGAAUAUAUCAGCGGUCCACAACCUCCGGGCCGCACAGAAAGAAAAAUAUUUUCCAUUAUUUCAUUUUUUUUAAUGUUUUAUUUUGAAAAGUGGCCGGAUUCUCUUUGUUACAUCUGUCUCACUUGAUGCAUGUCCAUUGUGCGUGUCUAACUUUAUCUCUUGUCGCUCAGAUAGACUACUACGGAAUUUUACCAUUUUUCUUUCACCUCAUAUUUGGUGUCAAAUGCUGAUACUAUGUGGGAAAGCAUAAAGGUAAGUUUUGAUGACUUAUUGAGUGCUAAUGUGCACAUUUGUCUCAAGUUAAUUCAAGCCUUUUACCACAUACGUCAAACAGUGAUGUAAUAAUCUUUCUGGAAAAACUUGGCUGGAACUUGAACUGGUGGAUGGUGGGUCGUCAUUCAUUUUGUGCUUUUAAUUUGAUGUUAUUCAUGUCUUUGUUUUACACAAUACAUAAUAUAUUAUGUAUAUAAUGCUAUAAAUGCUGUAAUAACAACAUUAUGCUAUGGACCACUGGAAUACAUCACAUAGUACAAUUCACAGUUCUACAUGUCCAAAAAGGAGUAGGAAGAAGCAAAGCUUGUUUAAUCCUACCCCCCAUCUGUUUCGCAUCAAUUGCAAUACAUUUGUUCACUACCUGUAUUCCAAAUGUACUCUUUGCUAGUUUAACAUAAAAAUGUGUUAAAAUAGGAGUCAAGGUUCUUGUAGCCGUGUUGUAACUGGAUAAUGAUUGAGUACAGAAAAUGUACUCACAAAAGAAUGGAGAGUUAGAAGUGCAUAAGUAUAAGUAAUGAUUAGACAUAGCAUUGUACAUUGUACUUUGUACAUUGUAAACAUCAAGUGCUUCUACUGUUUCUUGAAUUAGCUCAUUUUAGUGCAUACUUACUCAAUCGGUUCGAUAAUUUGGUUCCACAUACUGAAAUGCUGAAGGUUUUUAGCGUUGUUCUCACAUAUAAGUGUUUUAAGUUGAAUUUUUCCAAGGUCAUAUUUCUCCUCUCUUGUUGAGAAGAAUUGUAUGACAUUUCCGGGUAGCAUUUUUGUUUGUUUAUGCAUAAUUUUAGCUGUUUGAAAAUGUACUACAUCAGCAAAUUUUAAUAAUUGUGAUUUUAGGAAUAAAGGGUUUGUAUGUUCUCUAUAAGCGGCAUUAUGGAUUAUCAUAACUGAUCUUUUUUGUAGCACAGUUAUUUCCCCAUAUCUCCACGCAAUAAGAUUUAUUACAUCAGUGCCCUCCCCUCUUGGAGAGUGAUCAACAGGCACACAUUCUGACCACUGAACACGCCCGUAUGCCUUGACGGAAGCUCCAGCCAGGAGCCCAGUGCCCAAAACCCGACCGGAGGUACAAGCACACACACAUACCGGUUCGCCUGACUCCGCAGCAUUUACAAGUUGAGCGACAGGGAGGGAGAGAAUGACAGGGCGCAGCGAUGUGCCUCCUGACACAACAGUAAUUAUUGCACACAGAAGUGGCUCAAAAUCUGCCUUUGCUACCUCAAAAUUAAGGCACAGUAACUCCAUAGAUGUGCACCUCCAAAAAAACACUACUUGUUAGGACUGACUGUUGUAUUGUUCUCCCCUCAAUCAACAUUGAUCACCCACGACACUGAGGAGCCAAAAGGAGUUGUAGUUUGCUCGUAAAGUCAACGCCACAAGCCUGACGAAGAUCCACAAAAGUAGGGGUGCCCAAAGUGCGGCCCAUGGUCCAUCUGCAGACCAUGGCUCAUUUGUCAUUGCAAAAUAACAUUUCAAAAACAGCAAAACUGGUGAAAAAAUAGAGCAAAAGGAACAAAGAGAAAAAGCUGAAAUGUUGACGCCAACCACGACCAUGCUAACUAUAAAGCUUUGUAUUUAAAGUCAAACCUUUAAGUAUCUAUCACUAAAUAGAUCUUUACUGAUAGAUAUUCACGGCCGGGACCUGAGAUCUUUGGUUCAAAAAGGUUGGUGACCACUGAACAAGGUUUAAGAGGUGUCACACAGAAAAAAAGACCACGGAAGGCAAUAAUAAAACAAUGGCAUCACCGGCUAGUUAUGGAUUAAGCUUCGUUUAAGAGGGUUCAGGCUAGAAGUGAAGAUGAAAAAAUACAAGACAACAAUGGAAAAAAAUAACUAAAAUGUGGUUUGAGAGGGACACUGGUUACCCGCAAAUUGACACAAGACAAUCAUCUGCUAGCAUUUGGUUUAAGAGGGGACAGAAAGGAGAUGGAAAAAGAUGAAUAAUAACACAACACCGCCUACUAGUUCUUGCUUUAAGAGGGGACAGACAACAAAAAAAUAACACACAACAACAUCACCUGGGGGUUUCUGUGUCGCGACAAGAAAAUGUCUGACUUGCUUGUUGAAAAGUCAUUUGGCGUUAGAACAGCGCUCCCUCACUGUAUCACGGUUUUUCACAAAUUAAUUAAUAAAAAAUGGCUGUUUCGUGGUUGACUAUGGACUACUAUUAAAAAAAUAUUGACAAACAAGUUAUUCUGGCCAUUACGUGUCAGUAAUUUUACAUAUAACCGCCACACUGCAUGUAGUCAGCCAUGGCUUGUCCUCCCACUCCGUGUGGAAGUGUAAGGUUUUGGCUUCUUACUUUGUCCUUCUUCACCACUCCAUUUGAAACACUUUCUUUGAGUGAUCGCGCAGCCUGCGCAAGGUCUUGUAAACAAAGAGUGUACAUAGAAAGUCAGAACCAGGUUUUCUAUGCUCUAACUAGAAAAAUAUUCCAUUUAUUAACAAUGAAUCCUACUUCGCGGAAAUUCAAUUAUCAUGGCCGGGUCUGGACCCAAUUAACUGCAAUAAACGACCAACUGUACUGUACAAAUACAAAUAUUCGGGUCAUUUUGCAUUUUUAAGGUCCAAAAUACUGAUACUGAACUCCUGUGCUGGUCCAUCCAGGUCACUUCAAGGCCGUGUACCAGCGAGCCCGGGCACACGCUGCCUUGUGCAACGAGGAGGAAGCUCGGCGGGACUUGGCCGCCGUAGAGAAGCUGGAGCCCAAGUUCAAGUCUUUUGUCCGCCAGGAGCUAAAGAAGCUGGGGGAG